AUGGGACUUCAAAUGCUUUCUUUCUUGGCGAGCCUCCUUCUCAUCCUUCUGCUACUGCUAUGGACUUCAGACUGCGACGCACUCCUUCUCCUGGAGUCGGCGGGGCGUUCACUGCACUUCACGCGUCAGGCGGCAAGGGAGGUGCACGACGUGGUGGCUCGCACUGACGUCCUUGCGCUUCUCGACUGGCACAUGGUGCAGGGCGUCCAGGGCCUGCAACUGCGUGUGGCCCUCCUGCUGCGGCCGGAGAAUGCGACAAGCUCAGAAACUACUGGGCCUUCGCUUGUCGCCAUUGACGACAUCUUCCUGCCCUGCCUGCAGGCACCAGAAGCACUGAGCAACGUGGACGGUGCGGUAUCCGUGGUGUUUUACGUUCCCCACACUGCGGUUCAGGUCUUGUACCCGUGCGGAUACGAUGAUGCCUCCGCUUCACUGCACAUGCUGGUGGCCCACUGGCGCGACGGGAAUUUAACUGUGUCCUCGAACGAGGCCGUUCUUUCCCUUGGAGUGGCACGGCGUUGGCUUCUGUCUCACGAUGCCGGCGACGCCGAUGCCCAGUUGCUCUAUAUACAAGGCCUGGAUGGGGCCACAAGCGCCAUCCUGCUGGAGCGGGGGGAGUCGUUGGGCGUGUAUCCCUCCGGCAUCGCACGACUGCGAUUCCCGCAAAAAUCCACUAUGCGGGAGACAGAGCUGGUGUCUUCGUGUUUUCUCUUCAGCCUUGGAGUGAGUGGCCUCGUGCGACAUUCCCGGCUGGAGGACACGUUUCACUUUGAGCUCUACCGCCUGUUCUCCUCGGGGAAAUCGGCAGAGUUGCUGCUAGAGACGUCCACAGCGAUCUUCACUGACCUUGACUCUAAGGAAAGGCGCCACUGCAGUUUGUCCUCGCGGGUUGCUUUCACUGGCUGCAGCCUCACCCUCUCAAGUGCACCGGCGCUGCAGGUUGAGGUUGCGCUGACGGCGACGCUGGAGUCUCCCACCGCCAGCGCUUCCCAGGAUAUCGGCGGUUGGGUGACGUGCGGCACGACGCUGCUUAAGGGCAGAGCCGUCGUGAGGGAUGGGGGUUUACAGCUGCUUGCCUCGCCGCUUCGCCGCGCCCAGUUCAUACCGGCGACGCAGAUGGAGGCGGCUGCGGCGGAGGAGGGAGGGCACACACGCGGGAGGGUCGGCCGCUGCACUUUUCAUCACAGCAACGACACGCUGUAUUGCGACGGUGCCGAAGAACCUGUUUGCCCCCGCAUGUGUGAGGUCUCUCGUCACUGCCUUGCACUGCAGGCGUGGUGGCGACCGCCCACUGGUGUGGAUCGUUAUUUUUGUCGCUGGAUGGGUGUCGGCUUGGUUGAGGUGUCUACUUUUUUGUUUAUUCUCUUCACGGCAACGUUCGCGGUCCAAGUUGCAACGCGACUGUUGCGUCUGCGGCGUUUUGGGGUUUCUUUUUGA